AUGAAGCUCACUGCUCUCCUUGUCCUGGCAGGCGUUUGCCUCGCCAUCGACCCGCCUCGCAAGCCAUUCCCACCACGAGGUGGCGGCGACAAGGUUUUAACUUACAAUGAGACUGUCACCAGGCGGGCCAUCGCCCCGAGGUCCAUCUCGGUCGACUGGAUCGCAGGGAAAGAGGAUGGGCAAUAUGUCUACCAAGGCAACGACGGAGCUCUCCUCAUCCAGAACAUUGUGACAAAUUCCAACGAUACUCUUGUCGGAGCCGACAAAGUGCCGGACAAUGCUUACACCUACUUCAUCAAGCCUGACCUUUCAGCUGUGAUGUGGGCAACGAACUACAAGAAGCAAUACCGACACUCGUUUUUUGCGGACUACCACAUCCUCGAUGUGAAGUCCGGCGAGCUCACUCCAUUGGACAGGGAUCAGAAGGGUGAUGUCCAGUAUGCUGCCUGGAGCCCCAAGGGAAAUGUCAUCGCAUACGUUCGCAACAAUAACUUGUUCCUCUGGAAAGACGGCGAGAGGACUCAGAUUACCGAAGAUGGCGGCCCAAAUACGUUCAAUGGUGUCCCAGACUGGGUUUAUGAGGAAGAGAUCUUUGGAGACCGAUAUGCAUUGUGGUUCUCACCUGACGGCGAAUAUCUUGCUUACAUGAGAACCGACGAAACCGGUGUCCCCACCUUCACGAUUCCAUAUUACAUGGAUAAUCAGAAGUUUGCUCCUCCAUACCCAAGAGAGCUUGAACUCCGCUAUCCCAAGGUGUCGCAAACCAACCCCACUGUCCAGUUCCGCCUCCUCAAUGUAGAGUCCGCAAAAGGCAAGACUGUGGCCAUCGAUGCUUUUGAGGCCGACAACAUGAUUAUCGGCGAAGUCUCGUGGCUGACUGAUGGCCAUGAUGAUGUCGCUGUCCGUGUUUUCAACCGUGUUCAAGACAGGGAAAAGGUGGUCUUGGUCAAUGCUGAGUCUGGCAGAGCUUCCACUGUGCGGGAGCGCGAUGGCACGGACGGUUGGAUUGACAAUCUUGUCGCGAUCAAUUACGUCGGCAGAGUGAGAGGCGGCCGAGCGAACGGCAGGGAACGGUACUAUGUCGAUAUCUCUGAUAUGGACGGCUGGGCGCAUCUCUACCUCUUCCCCACCGGGAAUGGAAGACCUAUUCAGCUCACGCGCGGUCCCUGGGAAGUCACUGCAAUCCACCACAUUGAUACUGAACGUCAGUUGGUUUAUUUCCAGGCCACCAAGCACCAUAGCACAGAGCGUCACGUGUACUCCGUUUCAUACAGCAAUAUGAGAAUGAGGGCCUUGGUCAACGACAGUGAGGCCGGUUACUACUCAGCGUCCUUCUCCGCUCAAGGUGGCUAUUAUAUUCUUAAUUAUCACGGCCCCGAUGUUCCGUAUCAGGAGCUCUUCGACGUCAAGAAGGGCAAGGCAAUCCGAACGAUCACAAGCAACAUUGACGUUGUCAACAAGAUCAAGGAGUACAAGCUUCCCCGAAUUGAUUACUUCACAAUCACGCUUCCUUCUGGCGAGAAUCUUAAUGUGAUGCAGCGCCUUCCAGUGAACUUUUCGCCCAGGAAAAAGUACCCUGUCCUGUUCACCCCAUAUGGUGGCCCUGGCGCUCAGGAAGUCAACAAAGCUUUCAAGGCUUUCGACUUCAAAGCCUAUAUUGCAUGUGAUCCAGAACUUGAAUAUAUCACUUGGACCGUAGACAACCGCGGCACUGGCUACAAGGGCAGAAAGUUCCGCGCUUCAGUUGCUAAGAAGCUUGGCUCUCUUGAAGCUCAGGACCAAGUCUUUGCUGCCAAGGUUCUCUCCAAGUUCCCGUAUGUCGACAAGGAGCGCAUUGGUAUCUGGGGAUGGAGCUAUGGAGGCUACCUCACUGCCAAGACCCUCGAAACCGACAGCGACGCCUUUUCCUUCGGCAUCAGCACCGCUCCCGUAUCUGAUUGGCGAUUUUACGACAGCAUGUAUACCGAACGAUACAUGAAGACUUACGAGUUGAACGAAGCCGGUUACAAUGCCAGCGCCGUUCGCAAGCCCGAGGGAUUCAAGAACCUCCGAGGAAGCCUCCUCAUCCAGCAUGGCAGUGGUGACGACAACGUCCACUUCCAGCACGCGGCUGCUUUUACCGACUUGCUCAUGGGUGCUGGCAUUUCGCCCGCGAAGAUGACCGCCACGUGGUUCACCGAUUCGGACCAUAGCAUUCGAUACAACGGUAACUCUGCGUAUCAAUUUAAGCAGCUCGCCAUGAAGGUGUAUGAGGAGAAGCAUAGGGACUUUGGCCAAGCCAAACACCAAUGGUCCAAGAAGGCUUUGGAAUUUGGUGCUUCCCUUGACGAAUCGUAG